AUGCUUCAUGUCUACUCAGAGCAACGUUCCAUUGCCACAUCGGAUUUACACGCAUUCUUUAACUCCCUCACCCUCCCAUCGUUGCGUAAGCUCUCCAUGCACGAAGUUCACGUGGAAAUCCGAAUCAUUUGCAACCUCAUUGAGCGGUCGUCCUGCUCAAUUACCUUUCUCAACGCCCCAACACUCUAUUCCCCAAACCCCCAGGAGGAUCCCGCAAUUCUCUGUCACCUCCUCUCACUUCUACCAGACUUAACCGACCUCUGCCUUCCUUUUCGCGAUGAAUUCUACGAAGUUAUUCUCAGCUCUGCGUCCUCGCUUGCUCCCCAAUUACGCCAUCUCUGUCUCGCACUCCCGUUGCUGUUCAAUGAGCAGCUCGCCUUCAAGGAAAGGGGUUCUUUGUUCGUCAAUGAGUUAAUACCUCCUCUCGAGACCAUAAUAUUCACCUCUUCAUUCUACAACAUUUCCGCGUUGAUUCCUAAUCUACCUGAUGGGGCUCUUAUUUUAGGGACCUUCAAGCAAUGGAGCACCUCGCUUCGCUCGCUGAGCGCUCUCGUUCAAGAUGCGAAUGCCGUGAAUGGUGGACUCGACCGUGACCACGACCGUAUAUUAUCCCUCAUUAGUGCUGAGUCGAAGGUGAAUAUUCUGACCGAAUUCCUGUGCCGCGAGACCGGUCAGGACGUCAUAUCCAUGCUUAACCAGAUGUCAAAGCAGCUUCCAGACGACCUCUCCCGGCACCGUGAGCGUAUCGCCGCGAUUCUUGCAUUAUGGUCGGCGCGCAUUCGGGAGCAUCUCACCUCGUUCGGGUGGAUGGAGGCCUCGAAGGGGAACACCGUGGUCUACGCACGGAGGCAGGGCUCACUGAACGUCAAGGUGCGCGAUCGGACGAAGGACAGGUUUGCCUCGUUCGCGCUGCAGAACGGAUACGUUACACUCUAA